UGCGGGUGACUUAUAGGAAUGACCCUGUGGGCGCUCGUCAGCGUUAUAAUAGUCCCGUUGCACAUGCGCAGUGUUAGUGAAAGCGGCUUCGCUGUUUACUAGGUCCACAAGUGUACUGGUGACAGUGGAGACGUUGAGCCAAUCAGAAUUUAGCUUUCAUUUUCAGAGGGAAGACAAUGUCUCAGGCCACAUUCCACGCUCCCCGGAGGAAAAGAAAAGUGUACGAGUCCUAUGAAUCUCCCUUUCCCAUCCCACUAGCUGAUGAUUCUUAUAUGAAAGAUUUCAGGAUCUGUAAUGGAGAGCUUAUUAACAAUAAUGUCAUUGUGAGGAGUAUAGAGGAUAUAGAGCUUCUGUAUGGAAAGGGAUAUUUUGGGAAGGGGAUUAUGUCACGCAGUAGACCAGAGUACAACAUUGAACAGGAGGAGCUGAGGGUGCGGUGGAAAGGUUCUAAAGUUAAAUUUCCGAUUAUUUCAUCCAUCAAAUAUCAGCAUCACUUACAAUGGGCCAUGGAACUAUUGAAAGAACAGAAUAUGGACUCAGAGACUGUCCGUAAAGUACUUGGAGAAUAUACCAGUCCUAUUUUUCUGCCGGAUGAAAAAUGGGAAACCAUGAAAAUGGAGGGCUCCAUAGAUGAGCUACCACCCGAGUCUGCCGAUAAAUCAGUUACUGUGGAUAAAGACUUCAUGGUUGGAGAAGGAAAUCCUGGCUAUGAUCCCUUGUCAAAAUAUGUCCCAGAGAACCCGGACACUGAUCAUGCACCGCUAGACAAAGAAGUCCUUGAAAAAAUGCACUGCCAUAGGCACGAUGACUUUAUCAUACAUUGUGGAUGUAAGCCUGAAAAACAGACGGGUCACACUGAGUCAGCAGAAAGGGGGCAUGAGUAUGUCUUGGUAGAAGAGGAUGAUACAGCAGAGGCUGAAGACAUGGAUAAGGAAAGAGGUGAGGUGAAGAAAUUAAAACUAGUUUGUCGCCGGAAUCCUUUCAGAAUUUUUGAGUACUUACAGCUCAGCCAUGAAGAAGCCUUCUUCUUGGUAUAUGCCUUGGGGUGUCUGUCCAUAACCUAUAAUAAGGAACCUUUAACUAUAUUGAAGUUAUGGGAAGUGUUUAGUGCAGCACAACCAAACUUCCAGACACGUUACAUGGCAUAUCACCACUUCCGCAGCAAAGGCUGGGUGCCCAAAGUGGGACUGAAAUAUGGAACAGACCUGUUGCUAUAUCGUAAGGGCCCACCCUUCUACCAUGCAAGCUAUUCAAUCAUUGUAGAACUUGUGGAUGAAAACUUUGAAGGUCCUCCUCUAAGGCGUCUAACCUGGAGGUCCUUAUCCGGCCUCAACAGAACAACUAUGAAUGUUUCUAAGGAGCUGCUGAUCUGUUAUUUAAUAAAACCUCCUGGCUUUACUGAAAAGGACAUGGACACCCCUGAGUGUAUAAAGCGGUUCAAAGUCCAGGAAAUCCUUGUGAAUCGCUGGAUCGCCUCCCGUGAGAGAUUGGAACAUGAUGAACUAUAACAUGAUGUCUACAACAAAAUGUUUAUCCACCCUGCUUGCUUUACUUAAAAGGACUGGUUAACAAUAUGAAUUCAGAACUAGAGUAUAAAUUAUAUGGCUUAUCUUCCAAAAAGUUCUACAUUAUUUUUUAACCGUGACGUACAUUUACGCGCCGCCAUGAUCGCCAGCACCGCUCCGGUGCUCGCGUCAUGCCUGGCAGGUCCCAACUGCUAUCAGCAGCCAGGGACCCACCGGUAAUGGUGGACAUCCGCGAUCGAGCGGAUGUCCGCCAUUAACCCCUCAGAUGCCGUGAUCAAUACAGAUCACGGCAUCUGCAGCAGUGCGGUACUUUGAAUGGAUGAUCGGAUCGCCCGCAGCGCUGCCGCGGGAUCCGAUCAUCCAGCAUGGCGGCCGGAGGUCCCCUCACCUGGCUCCGGCCGUCUCCCGGGGUCUUCUGCUCUGGUCUUAGAUCGAGCAGGCCAGAGCAGAAGAUCACCGAUAAUACUGAUCAGUGCUGUGUCCUAUGCAUAGCACUGCACAGUAUUAGCAAUCAACUGAUUGCUAUGAAUAGUCCCUAUGGGGACAUAAAAAGUGUAAAAAAAAAAAAAAGUUAAAAAAAUUUUUAUACACAUAUUUGGUAUCGCCGUGUGUGUAAAAGUCUGAAAUAUUAAAAUAUAUUAAUUAUCCCAUACGGUGAACGGCGUAAACGUAAAAAAAAAUUAAAAAGUCCAAAAUUGCUGCUUUUUGGUCACAUUUUAUUCCCAAAAAUUUUUAUAAAAAGUAAAACCUAAGCAAAAGUGGUACUGAUAAAAACUACAGAUCAUGGUGCAAAAAAUGAGCCCUCAUAUCGCCCCAUAUACGGAAAAAUUAGAAAGUUAUAAGUGGUCAAAAUAGGGCAAUUUCAAACAUACUAAUUUUGUUAAAAUGGUUUGAGAUUUUUUUUAAGCGGUACAAUUAUAGAAAAGCAUAUAACAUGGGUAUCAUUUUAAUCGUAUUGACCCACAGAAUAAAGAAAACAUGUCAUUUUUACCGGAAAGUGUAUAGUGUGAAAGCGAAACCUUCCAAAAUUUGCUAAAUUGCGGUUUUCUUCCCACAUAAAUAAUAUUUGUUUGGUUGCGCCGUACAUUUUAUGGUAAAAUAAGUUAUGUAAUUACAAAGUACAAUUGAUGAUGCAAAAAACAAGCUCUUAUAUGGGUCUGUGGAUGGAAAUAUAAGAGAGUUAUGAUUUUUAGAAGGCGAGGAGGAAAAAACGAAAAUGCAAAAAUAAAAUUGGUCUGAUCCUUAACCUCUUCAGGACACAGGGCGUAUGGAUAUGCCCUGCAUUCC